CCGCCUCCCUCCUCUCCAGUCCCACCACUUCCUCUACAGCUCUCACACUUCUGCAGUUCUUUCACUCUCAUCAGAUAUCCACUCUCACCAUCACAUGAAGGUUACACAUCAUUUUUACGGCAACAUCAGAUUUUCUUAUGACUGGAUCAUAACUCCACCCAUCUGCUUUUUUCUCCACUGAUUUGUUUUGGGAAAACUUUAUCACCUUGGACCUCACAGCAGCUGCAUGCAGAGGCCAGCAGCUGAGGAGCGAUGUCAUCUCUACUCUCUCAGCACAAGGAUCGGCCGUGCCUCCGAAAGUCCAUCUCUUCUGACUCCUCUCCAGCCUCAUCUGCUGCCACCACCAGGAGCCUGAGGGUGAGACUUGGUUAUCUUUAAUCUCUACAGAGUGUUUAUGAGGAGGAAAUGCCACAGAUGACACAAUACAAACACAAGUACGGUUCAUUCAAUGUCAAACACAUGUAGGAAGCCACAGAGGGAAAAUGAACUGAAGAUCUUUUGUUUUUGGGAAAUUCAUUUAACUUUAUCAACUUCAGAGAAUCUUUGACAAACAUACACAUGCUGAUGUUUUCUGUCUCUAUACUCCAAUACAAAGUGUUUGGAUCUGGGAGUAUUUCAUGAUAUUAAACAGUCAGGUUAUGAACAGAAGUGCUCCCUUGCUCACCCCUCCUGUCAGUAAAGCAACAAUGGUCCUCAUGGAAAAUAAGCUGGAGUGAUGUUUGAUAAUUAUCACGUUUUUACCCACAAAAACAUUAAUCAAUAUGAAUUAUUGUAUUUUGAAAGCUUUUGGGACUUCAUCUGACAUCAACCACUCUCUUCUCCAUCCUCCGACCAGUGCAUUUCAUAAGGAAACUUAUCAAAUACAAAGAGGAAUAGUACUAGUUUGUCUAUUCUGAGCUACAGUAGAAACAUGUCAGAAACAUGUUUUCUUUAUAUAAAUUAAGAGGACUUGAUUUAAGUUUAUAUUCUUAUAUUCAGGUGAUUAAACUCUGAUUCAAACAUACUCAUAAUUAUUAUAUUUAAUCUAUAUUAAGUCUGUUUUGCUGCAUGCCUCUAAAUUCUGCAUAUUGUGCUUUAAAAGCUCGACUUUGCGUGCAAACUUAGUCGACUCUGAUUUGAUUUAGUUAGAUGUCAAAAAGUGAAAUAGUUUCCCCUCACAACCUUGGUUUGUGGAGUUUAUCCAUCUGAGACUAAACUUACUACUUUUUACUACACUUGUUUCAGUAUCAGCCAUGAGUAAAAACUUUAGAUAGACAGAAAAUUUUACAAAGAAAAUAAAUUUUGAUAAUUUAUUGAUAAUUUACUUCUUAAAGCCAAACAGAGGUCUGAACAAACACUUCCAUGUGAGCGCUGAAGGCUGGCUCUGCCUCUUUCACAAAAACUCUGACUUCAGUUUGUACUCUGUUCUCGUUUCUUCUCUGAAUAUUCAGCUGUGCUCGUUUUUCAUUUGGACUACAAAUCAACUUUCUUAUAAAUAAUCUGCCAUUCGGGAUUAAAACCGGCACCUGUUGUUACCGACGUAGUAAACAUACAACUAAAUCAUGACUGUGUUUGUGUGACACGACGGAUUAUGAUAGAUGAGAAAAACAAAACUAAAGUAUAAAAUACGGCUGAUUAUUAUUGCGUUCACAUUUUAGAUGAUUUCAUGCUGUAGAUAUGCUAGCCCUGGGGUCCUGCAUUCAUCCAGCAUGAGCACAACUGUAAAUAUACUUGACCGUACACUGUGCGUCUUAUUGGGGGUCACCUUUAGGGGGCACACCUGAGCGAUAACAAGAGAGAUAACUGAGGUUAAUACUGCUGUUUUUGCACAAGGAAAAUGGAGUUUUCAUGUUCACUGUCAUCCAGUAUGUUUAAGUCUGUUGAUGCCGUUCGAUAUAAAUGAAUAAUUAAUUAAAGUUUGCUGUUCUACUUUCUUAUACCAUUACAUAGGAGUACAUCAAUACAUCAUGUGCUUUCCAACUGCUGUUUGCUCAAGAAGACGCUCUGUUCGUAACUGUGCAGUAUUCUUCUAUGGUGCUGACAUCACCAACUGAUUGCACAUUAUCACCACCCACUGUUUACGUGAGCAGUUGUGACUAUUCCUACGUUCUUGUGUGGACAGAGAAAUAUACAAAAACAUCCUUGGUGUGGACAGGUUUUUAUUAUUUAAACGGUGAAAAAGCAAUCUAUUCAAAAAUAUCAAUUUGUGUUAGGGCUGGGCGAUAAACCGAAAAAAAAAACCAUACUGAAAUUUACGACAAUAACUGACAUAAUUUCUAUGUCAAAAAAAUAAAUCAAAGUUGUUUUUGGAUGUGUGUAGGUAGGCUAUGGUCUCAUGUCCCUUUGAGACGCUGUCCUACGUCAGAGACGUGACUCCACCCCAUCCAGUCUGUAACAAAGAGGGAAAGACAGGUGAGGAGAUGGAGGACGGAGAGAAAGUUGGAGCGGCAAGUUAAUGUGGGCGGGGGUGAGCAGCUUGUGGAGUAGUUAUCAUCUAUUUAUCGUUAUCAAGGUGAACUGAUCAAUAUAUCGUGAUAUUGAUUUGAGGCCAUAUCGCCCAGCCAUAGUUUGUGUGUGUGGAUGUAGUCUUUGAAAAACCACAGAGCCCUCUUUUAUUCUCUCAAAAUGCCCCUUUUUGAAAAACACGGCUUUAGUCCACAGUGUUUCCCCAGAUAAUGAGAAUUUAUUUUAACACUGAGACAUGCUUCAAACAACUCUCAUGAACUUAUUAUUAAACUUAAUAUGCCGAUCAAAUUACACGUUGAUGUGCUCAAAGAAGCCGAACACAUAGGACAAUCUAAAGCAGGGCUGUAAUAAGCUGUUAAUCUCCUCUGUUUAUGUGAACUAAGAAUCCACUGGGGAAAUAUACAGAGAGAGAGAGAGAGAGAGAGAGAAAGAGAGAGAGAGAGAGAGAAAGGCAGGAUGACGUGAACAGAGAGAAGGAGGGAUAGAGUACUUGCAGGCUUGUGGGAACUCAGACGCAGUAUUUAUGGAUGUUUAUCUCUCCUGGUCCUCAGGGAAGCUCACAUUUUCCACUCAGGAAUCACUGGUCAGCAGACAAAAAGUUCCUCAUGGGAUCUACAGACCCUGGAGGAGAGACGGUGACGGGACUUAAACUAAAGGACAAAUGUCACAAAAACAGAGUUUCCAUCAGCAUCUGUUUAGAUGUGAUGUUGCUUAAUCUAAACCAGAGCCUUUUCCGAGUCAGCGCGCUGUAUAUCAUUAAUGACCGUUUACCCAGCAGAGCCAAGUGUCCAGAGAGCCUUAAAAGAGCUGACAUCAGAGUCUGGUGAAGAUCCAGAAGGUCUUGUAAAUGUCUCAGCAGAGGCCUAUCACCGUGUUUACACAUAGUUUCUGUAACUUAAGUCCGCUCGCCGUCACCAGGAUUUAGUCUGUUUUUUGUUUUAGUUCAUGUCACUGUCACAACAGGACCGUGUUUGAAAGGUUUAAGUUUAAUACAAAAUGGAACAGCAUGUUCUGCCUCUGAAUACGUGAUAAUCUGGAGCAUAUUUAGAGUUUUGCUUUGACAGAUGCAGAAGUAUUCAACUUUUAAGGACAGAGAGGACGCUUCAGGUUGAGCGCUGAUGUUGAAACAGUGCAUAUACUGUUUUAUAGCCGGUUUCAUUUCAUCAUUUUUAAAACUUAUUUUCCUAGGUUAUCCUGUCCUUGUGAAAUGUUUAAAAAUGUCUAAAAACAAGAGCAGAAGUUUGAAGCAGAAGAUAAAGUGUCAGAGCGCGAAAAUAUCAACAAUGACAAAGUUUACAUUCGCUUAAACAUAAGAUACAUUUUCUGUAUCAGACAAUAAAGUAUAUUAUUUAUUAUGAAGUAUCAUAACACAUAUCUGUCAUAUCAUAUUCUAUCAUAAACUGAACCAUACUGUCAACUAGGGGUGUCCCGAUACAACUUUUUACCUCUGAUACGAUACCGAUAUUGUGGCCUUCAGUAUCAGCCGAUAUCAAUAUUGAUCUGAUAUUGAUGCAAACUUGUGAAAGACAAGUUUUUCACUCAGCUGCAUCAUCUUUUUUGGACUUCAACAAAAAAUACUGACACGUGGCCGACAUCACCCCUACUCCUCUCUACUUUGUUCGUACCUUAGACCUCAAAGAGAGAUGGCUAGAUUAUUAUUUUAAUGUGCCUUCAAGAUGAAAUGUCUGUUCUUGCUCUUGGAUUUUGUAAAAUAAAUUUCCCCCAAAAAUGUGACUUAUACCUGUAUAUGUUCUUUCUUCUUCAUUAUGCAUUUUUUGGCUGAUGUGACUCCUAAUCCUGAGCGAUUUAUGGUCCAGAAAAUAUGGUAAUUGUGUUCAACUUGUCAGCAUUAAAUACAUAAUCUUUCAGUUUUUUUAUUCGACUGUUUAUCAUACUCAGUUAUGGCGUCAUUGUUCCUGCUUUGAUUCAUUCCUGGUCUCUCAUGUAAAAAACUGGGAUGAGAAAAUGCAGCGUUGGGUUUGGAUCUGCAGACUGAGGACUGCAGCUGCUCUGUGUUACUCUGUGUCUGAGCUGAACUGAUGUGUUGUUGGUCUUACUGACCGGCUCAGUGUGCUUUUAAUUUUGUACUGUGAAUUAUUACUUUACAUGGUCGUCACUUUGUUUGUGGAAAGUAAUUAAUACAUAUACAUUCACCUACUCACCCUUCAGCAUCUGCAUGAGACAGACUUCUAACUAUCGCUCCAACGUCAAACCAUAUAGGGAAAUGUUCAUCACUGAGAGCUGCUGCUGCCUCCGCUGUGCUGCUGUUAUGAGACAACUAUAGUGUGGCUGUCAGUCACAAUGAACAGGCCAGAGUACGUUAGACCUCCAGCCAGGGGAGCAGGGUUCGAUCUUGUUGAGUUACGCUCUCUUAAUCCAUCCCAUGAUGUUUCCCCUGACCUUUAACACGCACUUCACUCUCUCACAAACAUGACCAAACCGACCACUUCAGGUUUAACUCAUGUCAGAAGGGAAGGAGGAACACAGAGGCUGCAGAGAGCGAGUGUGUGACGCACUCAGACGCUACCUCAUGUGGCUGUUUAACAUACAACAGAUGCUGCUCUCUGAAUUAAACACCAAAGUGUUUUUUAAAGUUAUAACCCAGAAACAUGAAAACUCAUCGUCCUCACAGCCAACGAGAGGUGACCGAGUAUCCAAGUUAUAAUGUGGUCGUUGAGUGUGCGGCAGAUUUAGCUCCAUAUGCUGAACGGUCCUCUCUACCAUCAUCCUCAUCAGAGUCAGUCAGAUAGAGGAGAGGAAGCUUGAGUGUGGUUUCUGUACUUAAAGACACUGUGAGGAGUUUUUACUGAUGUUGAAAAAGCGUCACCUAUAAUCCUCCUGAUAACUACAAAAUAAAUGAGAUUAUCAGCAUCACGCUCAGUUAUUUCUCUAAUCUGAAUAAUGGUGUUUGUGUGUUUGGAUUGGAUUUUACACAAAUGGACACUUUGGCAGUUUUAGCGAGAGUGACUCAGACUAUGAAACUUACUUUUCAUUUGUUCGUUAUGAUUCUCGGGAUUAUUGAUGAAUGCUGGCUGGUCAGGUGACUUCUGCACCUUUGAUUUAUCAGGUGAGCGUUUUCCCAGGUGUGCAGCCACACAGUUUUAGACCGUUGUUGAAGUUGGUUUUAGUUUUCCUUUAAUCCAUUAAGACUGAUCCUUAUUUCAGAUAUUAAAGGAACUUUUGUGUCUCUUUGGUUUUCAUUUCAAGUAAAAUCACCGGGGGAAAAACUAGAUUAUAAAACCGUCUAUUUUUAAAACUGCACAGGUGAAGUUUGGCCGAGAAGUCAGGGGGUGAAGCACAGUUUUAUUUUUACAUUUUGUUUUGUCUCACGGCUGAUACAGAAAUAAUGUCGUCAAAUAGACAAUCAUCUCUCUUUAAAUCAUGUGGACGUUUAUGUUCUUCACACAGUUAUUGGGACAUUAGAGUCAUAACACUAUGGUUAUGAUGUUAAUCAUCUUUUUGUCAGUCUGUGGGAAUAUAUUAGAGUUUUCAAAACAGCUGUCACAUUACAGAUAAUAUUUUUACAAAAAUCAACACAUGGCCUCAUCACUCUGAAUCCUGAAAAAGUUGUCUUACAUAAAGUUUUUAAAAAAUCUGUCUUUCUUUCAUUUUCUUCCACAAGACAUGAAAGCUUUGGCAAGGACCUCGUUUUUACCGCAGAGGGUGGUGGUGCUCAUGGGAAAUGUAGUCUGCGUCCCAGAAAAACAAAACAGAUUUCAUUCAAAGAGCGAACACGACAUGAAAGUUUCUCACAGACCUUUUGAACAUUUUGUUAUUUGUCCUGAACUUUGUGACCCUCUCUGAAUCUGCGGGGAUCUCAGACUCACUCACAGCGAUGAUGGAUGAAACACAAACAGUCUUCGUCACUCACAUUGAUUUAUUUCACAGUACUGACUCUCCUCUUUUUAACACUGGUCACUUUUUAAUUAGGUUUCUGUUGCUUUUCUCCCGUGUGUCACUCUGAAAAGUCUCAUGAGGGAAACUUUCAAACCCUUCAGACGUGAACAGGCCGUAAUGAGCAAAUACUCGGAGCCUCUGUCGGAGCUAUUCCCUUUUUUGGAUGUGUUUAGCUAUCUGUGCUUGUCAGUUUAUUUAAGGGAUCAUUUCCUCUCUCCCUCUUUGACUUGGCUCGGUAUUUGAGACUACUAUAAACCUUUUCUUGGAAAACUGGAAAAAUAAAAGUGAAUCCAGGAGGAAUUUCUGGACAAAGACUCACUGAGAUUCGCUCUCAAGAGGAUGUGCUGAUAAUGAAUAAUCUGUCUGAUGAUGUACAUGUAAACAAAACGUGUCUCUUGUGCAUCAUGAUGAAAAUGAAAAUGAAUAAAAUAGAUUUACCUUUAUAUGAUAUAACAUUUUCUAACUCUCACAUCUGAGUGAAACAGUUUGACGAUGAUUGUUCUUGCAUUAAGAAGGUUGUAGAUUUGAUGUUUAUUUAUGCCAUUUAAGGUUUGUACUGUGGUCUAGUGAAUUUAAUAUUUCAUAUUAUGAUUAUUAAGAAUGUCUUUGACCAUUUUUCUGCUGCUGUCUUUCAAGUUUCAGUCAAAACUAAAAAUAUUUCUCUUCUUUUUCAGCAUGAGAGACUGUCCAGGUAAGCCUCCUCUGAUCUGAUUUACAUCCUCGACACUCAGAGUCGAUGUAAUUAUCGCCUGAGGAAACAGAAACCCACGUCUGACUUUAUAAGAAUAAACUCUGAUAGUAACAAAGUCAAGCAGCGUUGAUGAGUGGAUAAUACCUUCUCAUUUUGUCAGAUUAAACUCGUCCGGAUCUGGAUUUGACGGCUCCAACAACACGUCGACAAACCACGCAGAGUCUUACUUCAAACGUCGAGAGAACAGACUGUCUGCGAGGAAAAAAGCAGAAGAGGAGACGGCGAACAAUGAUUAUAAAAAGGCGAGUGAAACAGCUGCUGGUCAAACAAUUCAGGUGGAGAAAGCAGGUGUCUGAAGAUCAUCUGACAGGAUUAAUUCUCCAACUUUAAUGUCCAUAAACUCAGAUUUCUUUGAGGAGUCGGGUCUCUGUUGAAUUAACACAAUUAACAAGGUAGCAGGACUGAUCAUAACACCAGUUCACACUCAGUAAUACUCUGCUGGUUAAUCAAUCCUCAACUUUAACACAGUGAAGCCACAUCACUGUACACGGUCACCUCCUCCUCCUCCUUCUAAAACCUGAUUUAUGAUUUCUUCAGACUCAUAUUCAGACCCUGAGUCACUCAGCCAACAACAACAGAGUUCAGUGAAAUAUUCCUCUGAGUAGAGAAGAGGGAGUUUGUGUUGAAAUGUGACUUAUAGAACUUUUCAAAACAAGUUUCAGGCUCUCAGGUUUUUUCUUUAAACGAUACGAAGACGUCUGAGUUAGAAACACAUUUUCAGCCUAGAGGCUGUUUCCAGUCUUCAUUCACACUGAAAUCUUUACAUCGAGGAGGAUUAUCUCUAAAAAAAUCCUUAAAUUGUCUGGGACAGUUUUUCAUUUCAAUGUUAAAAGGACAAACACACAACACCAGGCAGACAGACAGACAGACAGACAGACAGACAGACAGACGCCGGUCCAGCACCUGUAACCGUGGGUCAGCUCUGCUCACAGCUGCUGUCGUUACGUAUCAGUAACUCCAUCAAUCGUUAUCAUUCGAGGCUCUUUCUGUCUUCAUUACAGCUUAAAGGACCCUGAGCAUGCACAGUGCAUCCUCUACUGUCACUGAAUGUUCUUGUUAGCCUAUAAUGUGUGAUCAUCAAAUCCACUUAAACUUCACUUUUGCACUGACAGGACUUCAACUGCUGCUGUAAAACUACUUUAAAAAUAAUCCGUUUUAACCUCCUCUCAACUCUCAGAUUAACCAAAGUUUUGUUCUGUGACUGAAGGUAGACGCAGAUUUUCACUGAUGGAAAAAAUGCUAAAAUGAAAUCAGCUGAUUCAACCUGUUUUCAUUAAACUGAAGUUGAAAUUGUGUCUGGUAUUAACUGGGUUAGCACUCUUACAUUUGCAAAUCUGCAAAGCAAGAUACAGACAACAACUAAAUACUGUCUGAUUUGGGUUUUCAUAGCAAGAUACAUGUGCAAACUUUUGUGCCAAACCCAUUAAUUUCUGCACCAACUUUUACAGCGAUAAUGUCGAGAUAAUUUCCCCAGAGUUAAAAUAAACGACCAGCGUAGACAAACAGUUAAAGGUGUUGUAGUCAGGAUCUAAAGAAGUUCCAGUUUUUGGGAGAAAUCUUGAAUGUAAACUCGACCCCUCCCAACCAAAUGUUCAAAUGUUGACGACACAGACAUAAGAGAACACAGAGAUAUCCAUAUAUUACCAAAUGUCAUCAAUAACUAAUAACUAUUGACUGAUAUUUAAAGAUUUUUGUAAAUACACCACAAAAUAAGAUGUUUCUUUAUCGGAUUCCUGUCUACUUCACCUUUAAUUCCUCUGUACAAACAGUCACUGCGGUCGGGUUUGUUGGUCUUUGUGCUGAGAAAUCAAACACCCCGUUUCAUUUCUUGUAGAUGUAUGAAAAAGCUCUGUCCACCAAUCAAAGACUCAAAUCCAGACUGGAGACGAGUAAACAGGAGCUGACUGUGAUCCAGGACCAGCUGCAGAGAGCUCAGGUAAACACUCGGAGUUAUAAAGAGUUAAUCCAGGAUGAAAAUGAGUUGAAAAAACUUUAUAUGAGAGUCAUAAUCAUAAAUGAUUCAGAGUUUUCUCACCACUACAGACUGAAAUGUCUCCCCUGUGUUCAUGUGUCCUUUUCUAGUUUUAAUGAGAGAAAUAUGACAUGAAGGAUUGUGGCUAUAAAAGGAAUCUGCUCUGUUAUUACUGUAGGCUGCCAGCGCUGAAUUUGACUAUAAUAACCGUGAGCAGCUUUAGAGUUUCUGCAGCUUUAUUGGAUAUUUUAUAUCAGACACAUGUGCACACUGUAAUGAAUAUAAAUGAAGAUAUAACACGGUUUUCAUAAUUAUCCGUUUGGAGGCUCUGAGCAGUAAUCUUUUUGGUAAUCACCUCUUAUUGUUGCAGAAGGAAAGACCAGGAGACAGCAGCUCUGACAUGCUGGAGGCAGAAAAGAAGGUAUGAGCUCCCGUUUAUCCCCACAAACAGCUCUGAUUCAUUUAUUCAUGAAGAGGUUUUUGCAAUAUCUUCACUGCCUUUUCCUCAUUGUAGGAAAGUUGGAGUCUAAAAAAGAGGAUAUCUGAUAUGGAAGAGCAGCUAAAGGUAAUUUAUUAGUCUGUAAGUUGAGUUAACACAAUCAUUUUUUUCAUGAAAGGUUUGAAAUAACAGGAGGAGAGAAAAAAUCAGAGUUUGUCUGACACGAGGACAACAAUAAACAAUCCGGGCCGUGACGAGCGUCAGAGGGACUUGGAGCUCUGGUGUUAGCCUCUCUCUCUCUCUCUCUCUCUCUCUCUCUCUCUCUCUCUCUCUCUCUCUCGACGGAGGUUUCAGCUGACAUCAUUUGUCACCGUUCUGCUCUGCUGCCUGAGGAAUGUGUGAGCACUUUGACACAGCAGCGAGUGAGCCAUCAGUAUUCAUCUACAGGCUAAACCUUCACAAAUGUCUGCUGUGUUCGGCCCCGGAGGGUCCAAACAAAAAGCUUUUGUUAUCUGUGAAUGAGGGCUCUAAACAAACAUUGGGAGCUGGUCUGAAAAUAGACCAACAGUGGAGCUCUGUUGGUUGUUUCUCCUCAAUGAGAAAGUCUGGUCCAAUUGUGUCUGUGUGUCACUGAAUGGAUUCAAGAUUCGUCUCGUUAAUCCAAUUAUUGAACAGACGUAUAAAAACGGACAUUUUCUCCUGAGUCUUAGUUUCUCUCUGGACUGAAAGGUCACAGAAAAACAGCAGAGACUGUAGCCUAAAAGCCAAACAGUGUCUCAUAUUAGGAUUAUAAACCAGGUUUAAAGGGAUAUUCUGUCUUAAAAUUAAGUUGUGGUCAAACCCACCGUAACACCGAGUUAGACCCCCCCUCCAGAGAUGAAUGUUGCCGACCGCUUGCUUCUCUAGUUAUACCAACUUUAGUAACGACCGCAGGAUAGAAAUACAGAGAGCCACGCGCUCAACCAAAACGCCACUCUAUAGCCACAAAUAACGCUCAGAACAGCACCUAACUUCAUCAACAGGACAUAUAGGGUCACAGUCAUAGUACUAGACACCAAACAUCUUUGUAACUUUGACUCAUUUCUUUAGCAAAGAGACUAAACACAACUCACCUACUCUCUUCCAGCAGACGCUUGUUUGUAGCGAGACCUCAGGCCAGUCCAUUAGGGACUACAGCGGGGUGACGCAGCUCAAGGAAGAACAUUUAUGAUCAUUUCUUCAUAGAAAUACAAUCAGACCGAGACGCUAAUGCAGAAGAACGACAGCAUCUGAAAAAUAAUGAAUAUGGUGAUUAUUACUUCAAGGAAAUGAUAAAGAAAUGAUAAUAAAUCAUAAAUCAGAUCAUAAACAGUUGAUUUUAUUUUUCCUUUAUCAUAGAUUUGACUUCAUAUUAGCAAUUAAUUAAAAAAAAAAGAUACUUGAUAAAUGAGACGAUAAUAUAUACAAUCAGACAAAAAUAUUGUGAUACUUCGCUGUAUCGAUUUUUCUCCCACCCCUAAUAUUUUCUUACCUCUGUGUCCUGUUUUCUCCUCAGGCCAAAGCCGAGCUGAAGAUGGAGAACCAGAGACUGAAGGAUGAGAACGGCGCCUUAAUCCGGGUCAUCACUAAACUCUCUAAAUGAAAGGAUGAGAAGAAGAGGAGGGAUGAACACAUGAAGCCAUAUCCAUCUAUACCUGCAUUCUUAUUUGUUAACUUUAACCUCUGAAUGUCUGUAUAUAGUUCGUAUUCACUGAUGAAACAUUUCUAAUAUAAAAACACAUUUUUACACAUUUCUAUAGAAGCUCUCUGUCACUGCGCUGGAUCUACAGUCGUGACUCAUUCCCUGCAGGGAAACACAUUAAAUUAAAAGUCUUUUUAUUAUUAAAGUAUUUCUACAAAAAUAAAAAGGCCGACGACGCCUCUAUCUGUGUUUUUCUUCACUGAAACCUGCAGUCAUGAAGAAUUUCCCUGCAUACCUAAGUGGAGGAAAUAUUGCAGGUAUUUCAGAGACUUAUUACCAUGGAAACUGCAAUAUUUUGUCCACUCUGUAUGCAGACCUUGAAAAUGGGCUGUGUGCUGUCAGGGACAGAGGAUGAUGGAUGAGCUCCACUCUUCAGGAACGCCGGAGCGUCGACUCUGAUUUAAGAGCUUUACCUUGAAUGUCAGAGAUGACGAGCGUUUCCUCUUUUUUACCUGCUGCGACACAAAACAAUUCAACGCAUUUAAUGUCCACAGAUAAAGAAAACUCCUCUUUUUUUAACAUCAUAACCGACAACACUCAAAGAAAAAUAAUGUCAAAUAUAAAUUAAACAGUCUGUGGUGGAGCAGGAAGACUCCAACUUUUAAACAUGAUCAUCUUUGUGAUACAGAAAACUCACCUCAAGAUCAUUAAGCAGAACGAUCAAUGAUCAUACAGGGAUCAUGAUCAGCCUUCAGGUCAACAUAUGAGAAUUAAAGCAGAAUGAUGAAAUACCUUUAAACUUAUUAAACACUUGUGAUUGAUAAAACACCUUAACAACAGGUGAUUGACUCCUAAUACCGAAAACACUGGAUGAGACAAACUGAACUUUAACCGGAUCAGUCCACAGAGAAGAGUCCAGAACAUUUCCCACCGCUCAACCUCGGUUAGAUAGACCCCUCUGUCACUCUGAUUGGAUAAUACUCAUUACCACCUGCUGAAUAUGUUACCCUAUUCUUGUAGCUGUUUUUCAAUCUUGUAAUAAAUGCAAAAUCAGGACGUCAUUCUGGAAAUUUAAUAUUAGAAAUCACUGCAGGUGGACUCCUUUGCUUUGUCUUGGUCCAGGUUUACAUGCAGGAGCGUCCUGGGAGAAAUGUUAGGAUGAUUUAAAGGUCCAUCACUUAUUUGUGGUCAUUAAAUUAAAUUAAAUUAGAUUCAACUUCA